UUAGGAGAGGGGGAUGAUGGGGGUGCCUCCUACGCUUACUCCAAUCGCCUCUCGAAGGAGCACUUCUAGUUACCCAAACGAAACAUACACAAACAUGGCGACAAGACAGACAGUCAAGAUGCUGUCCCCUCUUAGGUUUACAAUAUAUUUGUUAUUUUUCUUCGCUCCUGGUACAUUUUCCUCCACCCUCCGUCUUCAUCGAGACCAGCGGUUAUUGCUACUGCAGGACAGGGGUUUUUCUACGGUGAACGCAAAUGAAGAAUGUAUCCAUGGAAUAGGCGCCGAUGCGAAACGACGAGCUGCACGUAAUGCAAGGGAAGACAGAGUUUCGGGCAUGUAUCAGCAUCGCAUUCGGCGGAGUGCAGUCCAACCACCCGUGCCAAAGGUGUAUGGACAGGCCAACCUGAACGAUUCCCACAACCAGAUGGUGGUGCACUGGGCCGGGGAGAAGAGCAAUGUCAUUGUGGCGCUGGCCAGAGACAGUGUCGGAGCCGCAGGUCCCAAGACUAGCUCGGUGUACGUGUCUUAUGACUAUGGAACCAGCUUCUCCCCCAUCUCAGAGAGGUUUCAGCUGAGUGGGGAGAAGGAGAAAGAGGGGAACAAGCAGGUCAUCUCCCAGUUCUACCACAGCCCCGCUGACAAUAAGAGGUACCUCUUUGCAGACAGCACCAACAGCUACCUCUGGAACUCCUUUGACUUCUGCAAGACCAUCCAGGGGUUCUCCAUCCCCUUCAAGCCCACAGACCUGCUGCUGCACAGCAAGAGGGCCAACCUGGUCCUGGGCUAUGACAGCUCCCACCCCAACAAACAGCUAUGGAAAUCUGACGAUUUUGGAGAGACAUGGGUGUUGAUCCAAGAGCACGUGAAGGCCUAUUUCUGGGGUGUGGAACCGUACGACUCCCCCACCACGGUGCUGGUCCAGAGGCACGAGCCCCAGGGGGUGUCCAGCAUCCUCAGCAGCACCGACUUCUUCCAGAGUGAGCAGAACCGCCGAGUCGUCCUAGAGAGAGUGGACAACUUCCAGCUCCGGGACAAGUACAUGUUCGCCACCACUUCCACAACUUUGUUGGGGAGCCAUGAACCAUCCUCCGUCCAGCUGUGGGUGUCCUACAACCGCCAGCCAAUGAAAGCCGCCCAGUUCAUGACCCGCCACCCAAUCACAGAGUACUACAUCGCUGACGCCUCGGAGGACCAGGUGUUUGUGUGCGUCAACCACCUCAACAACGUCACCCACCUGUACAUCUCAGACACGCAGGGCCUGUCCUUCUCCCUGUCCCUGGAGAAUGUGCUAUACUACAGCCCAGAGGGUUCAGGCAGCAACACCCUCAUCAGGUACUUUACCAAUGAGCCCUUUGCUGACCUGCACCGUGUGGAGGGUCUACGUGGCGUCUUCGUGGCCACGCUCAUCAACGGCUCACUCAGCAAGGACAACAUGCGCUCCGUGAUCACCUUCGACAAGGGGGGCACCUGGGAACUGCUGCAGGCCCCCUCCGCCGACAGCCUGGGAGGAACCCUGGACUGCCAGCUCUCCAGGGGCUGCUCCCUCCACCUGGCCCAGCGCUGGAGCCAGCUUCUCAACAUUCAGCUGCGCAGGAUGCCCAUACUGUCCAAGGAGUCAGCACCAGGGCUCAUCAUGGCUACAGGCUCUGUGGGUAAGAACCUGGCCAACAAGCCCAAUGUGUAUGUGUCCAGCAGUGCUGGGGCCAGAUGGAGAGAGGCGCUGGCCGGUCCUCACUUCUACACGUGGGGUGACCACGGGGGCGUCCUCAUGGCCAUCGCCCAGGGGGGCUCCAGCACACACCUCAAGUUCAGUACCAAUGAGGGGGAGACGUGGACAGACUUCCGUUUCUCUGACAGGGAGGUGUAUGUCUACCAGCUGCUGACGGAGCCGGGGGAGAAGAGCACCAUCUUUACCAUCUUCGGAUCCUACGCCGACCAGAGACACAGCUGGCUCAUCCUGCAGGUCAACGCCAGCGACGUGCUCGGCGUGCCGUGUGCCGAGGGAGACUACAAGCGCUGGUCCCCGUCAGACGAGCACGGCAACGACUGCCUUCUGGGUAGAGAGAUGGUGUACAAGCGACGCACGCCCCACGCCACCUGCUUCAACGGGGAAGACUUCGACCGCCCCGUCACCGUGUCCAACUGCUCCUGCACACGCCAGGACUACGAGUGUGACUAUGGCUUCAAGCUGAGCGAGGACCUGUCCCUCCAGGUGUGCCUGCCCGACCCCGAGUUCUCGGGGAACCUCUACGCCCCUCCCGUGCCCUGCCCCGUUGGCACUACCUACCGUCGCAGUACGGGGUACAGGAAGGUGUCUGGGGACAGCUGUAGUGGAGGGGAUGUAGAAGCCAGACUGGAUGGAGAGAUGCUGCCCUGUCCUGUAGGAGAGAGUAAUGAGUUCAUCCUGUACGCUGUGAGGAACUCCAUCCAUCGCUAUGACCUGGCCACAGGGACCGACCAGGCCCUGCCCCUCUCUGGUCUCCGCGAGGCCGUGGCCCUGGACUUUGACUACGAAAGGAACUGCCUCUACUGGGCCGACAUCUCGCUGGACACCAUACAGAGGCUUUGUCUAAAUGGCAGUACGGGACAGGAAGUGAUCGUUAGGAAGGACCUGCAGAAUGUGGAGGCCCUCACCUUUGACCCCAUCAGCAGGCUUCUCUACUGGGUGGACGCCGGAGCGCAGAGGAUUGAGGUGUCUAACCCUGAUGGGGACCUACGUCACACUCUGCUCAACUCCUCAGUGCUGGAGCACCCCAGAGCUCUGGUCCUCAUGCCAGGAGAGAGCCUGAUGUUCUGGACAGAUUGGGGCGACCGUGCAGCCGGCGUGUACCGUGGCUACAUGGACGGCUCCAACGUGUCUCGCAUCGUGUCCGAAGGCGUCCGCUGGCCCAACGGCAUCACGGCUGACGACAACUGGCUGUACUGGACCGAGGCCUACGGCGACCGCAUCGAGCGGGCCGACUUCGCCGGCGGGCAGCGCAGCGUGGUCAUGGAGGGCCUGCCUCACCCCUAUGCCAUUGCUGUUUUCAAGAAUGACCUGUACUGGGAUGACUGGUCAAGGAGGGGCAUCUUCAAGGCUCCCAAAGCAGGCUCCCAGGACAAUGAACUCAUAGUGGGUAGACUGACCGGGGUCAUGGACCUCAAAAUCUUCUACAAAGGCAAGACCAGAGGCCAUAAUGCCUGUGCAGACCAACCCUGCAGCCUACUGUGUCUGCCCCAGCCCGGGCACCGCCACACCUGUGUAUGCCCCGACGGCACACCCACCACCACCCUACCCGACGGACAGCUCCAGUGCCAGUGUCCCACCGGCUACCAGCUCCACAACAACAACACCUGCGUCAAGACAGAACACACGUGCCUGCCCAACCAGUACCGCUGCGCCAACGGCAAGUGCAUCAGCAGCAUCUGGAAGUGCGACAGCGACAACGACUGUGGCGACAUGAGCGACGAGCAGGAGUGCCCCACCACCUCCUGUGACCCGUCCAUCCAGUAUCGCUGUGUGGCGUCCGGCUCCUGCAUCCCGCUGGCCUUCAAGUGUGACCACGAGGACGACUGUGGGGACAACAGUGACGAGGAACACUGUGAGAGUCACCAGUGUGGAUCAGGGGAGUUCUCGUGUGCGCGGGGCGUGUGUAUCCGCGAGGCCUGGCGAUGUGACGGAGACAAUGACUGCAGGGACUGGUCAGACGAAGCCAACUGUACAGUGGGUCACCACACCUGUGAGGCCAGUAGUUUCCAGUGUCUUACGGGCCACUGUAUCCCUAAGCGCUGGGUGUGUGACGGUGAUGACGACUGUCAGGACAGCUCUGACGAGGAGCAAGCACAUUGCGUGGGGGAUCGCUGUAAUGGCUUCCUGUGUUCCAACGGCACCUGUCUGCCUGCCAGCGCCCACUGCAACGGAGUACAGGACUGCCCAGGGGGCGCCGACGAGCAACACUGUGAUCCCCUGUGUACGCGCUACAUGGAUUUUGUGUGUCAGAACCGAGCCCAGUGCCUGUUCCAGUCUCUGGUGUGUGACGGCACCAAACACUGCGAGGACGGAUCCGAUGAGGACGUGGCCUACGCCGGCUGCUCCACUCACCCGGAGUUUGAGAAGACGUGUGACCCCAACAACUUCCAGUGUGCCAACGGGUUGUGUGUGAGCCUGGGGUGGAAGUGUGACGGCAUGAACGACUGCGGGGACUACUCUGACGAAGCCAACUGUGGCUCCCCCACUGAGGGGCCAGGCUGCACGCGGGACUUCCAGUACGAGUGUCGUAACGGGCGCUGUGUGCCCUCCUGGUGGAAGUGUGACGGAGAGAAUGACUGCGGAGACUGGUCUGACGAGGCUCAGUGCUCUGGAGGAGUCACGCCCCACACCCCUGCCCCAGGCCCGUCGUCCUGCGCCCCUAACCGUUUCCACUGUGGCUCGGGAGCCUGUAUAGUCAACUCCUGGGUGUGUGACGGCUACGCUGACUGUCCCGAUGGCAGUGAUGAGCUGGGCUGUCCCACAGCAGCCAACGGCACGGCGACACAGGCUCCGUGGCUCACCCAAGCGCCUCCCCUGCCCCCUGGCCACUGCAGCAGGGGCCAGUUCCUCUGCCGGAAGCCCCCCACCUGCAUCUCUGACUGGCAGCGCUGCGACGGCCACCAACACUGCCUGGACGGUUCAGACGAAGCCCACUGUCCCACGCGAGGGCCUCUGACGUGUGCGAACGGCACGCGCUGCGCUGACGGGGAGGCCUGCGUGCCGGACGGUGAGAAGUGUGACGGAUUCAUGGACUGCUCCGACCACAGCGACGAGGACAACUGCACCACGGACUCUCUGGUCUACAAGAUCCAGAACCUGCGGUGGACGGCAGACUUCUCUGGCGCCAUCACCCUCACCUGGUCCAGACCUAAGAACCUGCCCCUGACCUCUUGCUACUUCCUCAUCUACUUCAGGCUGGUGGGCACACAGCAGUGGACCUCUAUGGACACACACAGCAACAAGAGCAGCUACACCCUGUCGGUGCUGAAGCCAGACACCACGUACCAGGUGAAGGUUCUGACCCAGUGUCUCAGCAAGCAGCACAAGACCAACGAUGUGUUGACCCUGAGAACGCCCGAGGGAUUGCCCGACCCCCCCAGAAACCUGCAGCUGUCGUGUGACCACGGAGAGGACGGCACGGUGGAGGCCUCGUGGAGCGCUCCGGACAAAGCCCACGGCCUGAUCCGGGAGUACAUUGUGGAGUACAGUGAAAAAGGUGUGGAGUGGUUCUCUCAGCGAAGCACCGGCAACAGUGUGGAGGUCAAAAACCUACAGCCCAGCACUCUGUACAAGUUUAGAGUGGCAGCAGUGACGGGUCGAGGUAUGGGGAACUGGACUGAGGUUAAAUCCAUCAUGCCCAAGAAAGCUCUACCACCUCCCUCAGUUAUCACCGACAGCAUCACAGAAGACUCCAUGAGCCUGUCUUUCAGCUUUAACUCCCAAUAUGAGGUGAGGCAGUAUGUGGUGGUGCUGUCCUGGGUGUUUGAUGCUCACGUGAAGGAGAGCAGGAACUACACUGUGCGAGGCAGCGUACUGAAAGCUGCCAACCUGACCACGGGUACCAUCUACGAGGUGGCUGUGUGGGCCCAGACCAGUGUAGGAGACAGCCCCACAGCCCUGUCCCGCCAGCAGACCAAAGGCACUCAGCCGGAGCCUCCCCUCCUCAAGGCCCGGGCCCUCAACCAGAGCUCUGUGGACUGCAGUUGGACUGUAACCGGACCCCCUGCACAGGUGUAUGGCAUCUUCUUUGCCACCUCCUUCUUGGACCUGUACCGCAGCCCUCACAGUGUGAACACCAGCGCUAGUAGCCGGACCGUCACUGUGGACAGCGAUGAGCAGUACCUGUUCCUCGUGCGGGCCAUCUCUCCCUACCUGGGCCCUCCCUCGGAGUAUGCGGUGGUUAAGAUGAUUCCCAACGAGCGGCUUCCUCCUCGUAACCUGCACAAGGUGCGAGUUGAGAAAACCCAGGCUACGUUGAAGUGGCAGCCUCCCUACGACUCCCCCAGCGCCCCUCUGACGUACGCGGUGCACCUGAAGGACGUGGUGCGUAAGACCGAGAGCAGCUACAAGCUGACCACCCAGAACAACACGGUGGAGUACUGCCUCAAGGGCCUGGAGCCCGGCGGACACUACAGCGUCUCCGUCCGCCUGCGCAACAUGAGCAAGGAGGCCAGCUACACGCUCAACACAAUGCCCCUGCCUGCUCCAGAGGCUCUGAAGAUCCUGACGGAGAAAGACCACGUGUUCCUCUUCUGGAAGAGUUUGGCCGUGAAGGAGAGGAGCUUCAAUGAGAGCAGGGGCUACGAGGUGCACGUGUACGACAGCCUGUCCAACUCCACCGUGCUCCUGGGUAACACCACGGAGACCUUCUUCCGGAUCAGCAGCCUGCUGGCGGGCCACAACUACACCUUCUCUGUCCAGGCCCGCUGCCUGCUCAACGGACAGCUGUGUGGCGAGGCCGCCCUGCUGCUCUACGACCAGCUGGGACAAGGUCCCAGUGACGCGGUGCGGAGCUUGGGUCAGUCAGGGGACAUGGCGGUAGUGGUGGUGCCGGUGCUGUUCCUGCUGCUGCUGGGGCUGUGUGGGGUCCUGGUGGUCCUGUACCUGAGGCACCGCCGCCUGCAGAACAACUUCACCGCCUUCUCCAACAGCCACUACAACUCCCGCCUGGGGUCGGCCAUCUUCUCCUCGGGGGACGAGCUGGGUGACGAUGACGAAGACACCCCCAUGAUCAGCGGCUUCUCAGACGACGUUCCCAUGGUGAUUGCGUAGCAGGACCACCCCUCCUCAUCCUCUAUCCCUCUACUAUACACUCUGCCCUGCCUGUCCCAACCCGUCACCUAUGCGCCCGUGCCCACGUGGUACGACAAAAGGUCAGAGGUCAAGAAAGAAGGUGCGCCAACACUUUCGUCAACCAACCCCCUCCGAGGAAACAGUCUUAAUACGAUUCUGGAUCAAAGGAAGAAAAAGUGAAAAGCAACGAGAGAUAUUUUUAAAAAGAAAAAAACGAUGCACUUUUUUGGGAUGCGCAAUAACUUAUUUUUUUAUACAUAAUAUAUAUAUAUAUCGGUCAAAGGACUUUAUUGGUCGGGAACUGAUGCUAACUGUGAAGGAUUAGGAGUCUGUCAGGCGAGUCGAGUCGUGUGUUAGUCGCUCUGGGAGAAUAGACCCAACUACAAACUAACUCCAUAAAGAGCAGUUCAUUGCUUGAAGCCAAAAUAAGUACCUAGCAACUGGAAUAUCCAAUGCAGAAAAAAACACACCUAAGGAAAGAAAAUAUACACAUAAUCAAUAUACUGUAUGUAAAAAAAAUAUUGUUCAAAAGUUACCAGUAAAAGCUUCUUAAAGGGAGUGAGGAAAACAAGCUCUUGACACAGCAUAAAUUAACAGUCUUUAUGGUAUUUAUUCAGGAUUUAUGUCACUUUAAAGACUAUACUAUUUGCCCAUGGUACGUUGUUUAGUGUCCAUACUGAAAUCGAUCUGAAUAUGUUGCUGUCUGUUCGAAUGAGAUCACUUUAAUCUUUUGUCGAUAUUUGAUUUGAAACUGUCCGUUGGCCUGAACACAGCAUUCGGCGUCCGCGUAACCAACCAAUGAGUAGCGAUUAGAUGAAAUCGAUGGCACCAGGCAGUGUCAUAUAGAUCCAUGUUCCUCCUACCACCAGCACAGGAGUUGCUGUAGUCUACUCAGCAGUAAGAAUAACACAGAGGAGUUGCUGUAGUCUACUCAGCAGUAACAAUAACACAGAGGAGUUGCUGUAGUCUACUCAGCAGUAACAAUAACACAGAGGAGUUGCUGUAGUCUACUCAGCAGUAACAAUAACACAGAGGAGUUGCUGUAGUCUACUCAGCAGUAACAAUAACACAGAGGAGUUGCUGUAGUCUACUCAGCAGUAACAAUAACACAGAGGAGUUGCUGUAGUCUACUCAGCAGUAACAAUAACACAGAGGAGUUGCUGUAGUCUACUCAGCAGUAACAAUAACACAGAGGAGUUGUUCACAUUUAUUAACUCCAAAAAGUCAGCUCGAUCAUUCUGUUGUGUUUCUCUACUCCCAAUGCUGCAUCAAUAGGAAAACAGUUUGAUUUGAGUUUUUUUCAGGACCACCAUGAUGUAAAUAUUCUUGUUAUUCAAAUAUUAUUAUGCCCAAUCUGCUGCCGUUAGUUUGUAGUGUUUGGAACGUUUGUCUCUGAUGUUCUCAGGGAACUGGGUCUUUGUCUGGUCUGACACUGGCGUGGUACCAUCAUCUGAGUCUUUCGCCAGAACCCUCACUGAGGUACUAUCGUAACCCUAGAGACAGCAUUUGGAGCAUGACGUAAUGUUGUUGUACACUGGUUUUCUGGUUGAAAAUAUAAAACCAGAUGACAAGGAACUGGUCUCUGUUACAGCAAGAUAUAUUUUUCAUGACGAGAGCAAGAUGUCAUGGGGAAAGACGUCAUGUUGUGGUUGUUAUCUGGUCAGAUAACCAGAUUAUUGCAUUUUGUGGUUGCUGUUUGUUUUUUUGUUUUAAAAAAAAGGACACGUCUAAUCUACAACCUGAUCAUAAUUUAAUAAUAGACAUCAUAACGAUGUCAUUGAAACCACUUUUGCUUGCUGGGAUAACAAUAUGAUGUUUAGGUCACAGUGAAGUGGACUGUGUGUCCGGCUCUCUCUCCCUGUUUAGCAAAACGCUUCACGUCAGUUUGAUGCGCCAGGAAAUGUUUUUGUUUUUACUCUUCCCCAUCUCAUCCUAUUGUGUAGUCAUGAACUGAAACGUGUAUUUUCCUCUAUGCUAAAGAGCCAUUUCAAUUGAUGUGAGGUAUGCUUUUAUUCAUUGACCUGUUUUGGGGUUUUGUUCAUGAAUGUAUUUUUAUAUCUGUGAUUUUAUGGCUACGAGGCAAUGUGCCCCCCCCCUCCCCCCUCCCUCCCACCUCUCAUGUGAAAUGGAUACACUCGCAGUCCUCGCACUUUGUAUAGCCAAGAACUCUACUUUGAAUGGUUCACCCCUAUACUCUUGGGAGAGAGACCUGAUAAUGAGUUUUGAUAGUGUCUGACUGUAGACUGGUUCAGGGCAGGCAUUGCGCCCCCAGGCUCCAGGACCACGUCCCCAUCCCACUCUGGGGGUGACGUCACAGCAGCCCCCCCCAUCACACUCUCCGGCCCCCGGCCACUGCAGGGCUGCUUUCAAUACAUUGUUUUGACAUUCUUUCCUUAAAGGUACUUGUGAUUUGAUCUCCCCCUUUUCUGUUUUCCAGGCCUUAAAUAGUGCUGUAAAGUUACUGAUGGGACUGUUUAUUUUCUGUGGACUUUGAUUUGCCACAUAUGCCUUAUUAGAACACAGUGAGUUUGUAUGUAUGUACUGUAUUUAUGACGACACGAGUGCACACACACACACACACACACACUCAGUACCCUUACACAAUUGCUAAAGAGAAUGAUCUGUACUGAAGAGAGAGCAGUAGAAGUCGUUUGUUGUUCUAUACAGGUCACUACUCCUGUCUGCAUUGGCUGUUUUAAACAAGGCACAUAUCUAAAGCCCCCUGAUGGAUUUUAUCUCAUGUAGUCCCAAGUUUUGACAAUUGUACAAAAUAUAAUUCUUGAUUGUUGUGACCGUUUCAACCCCCAACCCUUCCAAAAUGUACUUUUUUCUUUCUUUCUGUAAAAUAGUAUGCUUAAAAAAGUUUUUGCACAGAAUAUAAUGAUAUUGGACACCGCCAUAUUUGAAUAUGUUGAUCUUGCUUGCUUAUGGGGGUCUCAAGGAAGUGAGAUGUUUGAGGUACAGUGUGAAGUGUUUUAAAAACCACUUCUACUGAAAUAAACUUACUGGAAAUGUG